AUUUAAGCCCCGCCCCCAGCAGAUACUUCAGUCUGACCACGUCUGGGACUUCAGAUCCGUCUCACACACCUGAGAGCAUCAUUCACCUGUGGACAGGAAUAAGGAAAAAUCUGCCAAAAUGUGCUGCAAGGGUUUCCUCAAAGUCAUGAUGUUCAUCUUCAAUGGCGUCAUCUUUCUGGCAGGAGCUGCUGUUCUGGGGGUAGGCAUCUGGGUGGUGGUGGACAGAGUCUCUCUUCUGGGCAUUUUAGAGAACAUUGAAGACGCGCCGCCCGAACUGGCCGGGCUGGCCAACAUCGGCUACGUGCUGAUCGGCGUGGGAGCGUUUCUGACCAUCAUGGGCUUCCUGGGAUGCUGCGGAGCCGUGAAGGAAAGCAAGUGCAUGCUGCUCUCGUUCUUCAGCAUCGUGCUCAUCAUCUUCCUCGUGGAGGUGGCAGCGGCGAUAGUGCUCUUCGUCUUUCAGCCUUUGGUUCAGAAAGCUCUGGAUGAAAUUGGACAGAAAGUUGUUGAAGGCAUUGAGGAUAACUACGGCGAGGAUGAUGGCUACACGUCAGUCUGGAACAGCACCAUGUCCGAGCUGAAAUGCUGCGGAUAUAACAACUACACUGACUUCAUGAACUCUCAGUUCGUAAUGAUGAAUGUAUAUCCUACCAUGUGUUGCACGAACAGUUCAAGACCGUGCAAUGAAGACGAAGCAAAGAGAGAGGCGGUCGAGGGCUGCCUCCAGGCGUUGGUGAGUCUGAUCGAGGAUAACGCCGCUCUGCUGGCCGGGGUGGCUUUGGGAAUCGCCGCUUUAGAGAUUGCAGCGAUGGUCGUUUCCAUGAUCCUCUACAAGAACGUAGGGAAAUGAGACCAGGACUGACUACAGACGGCUCCGUUUACAUCUCCGUUUAAUUUGAAAGUUAUGAAAGUUAUGUAAAUAGUGUAUCUGCUGGAGCAUGAAAGACAUUUGCACUUUUUCUUCUUCUUUUCUCUUUUAAAAGUACAAGAAUAUUUUUACUCUGUGCUCAGCGUACUAAUACAUGAGCUCCAAAGGUUUAAUAAUAAAACAACGUAGUGUUGAAAAGUACAGCUCAUUAAUGAUUACUAGAGCAUUUUAUACAUUAUCUUUGACGCAGUAAAAAUCCUGUAAUGUUUUUAUUUGUAUAAAUACAAUAAACUGUUGUUUUUAAA